AGCCCCUCCACACUGAUGAAAUGGGAGCCCAGGGAAAGACGUCUAGCUGUGAACACAGUAUGGAGUCUGAGAGCCUUAGUUCAUGCUCCUCCUUCUUCAUCACCGGCACCCCUCCAAGGAUAUGCCUUCAAGCCUCCUCCACGGCCCGACUUUGGGACCUCCGGGAGAACAAUCAAGCUACAGGCCAAUUUCUUUGAAAUGGACAUCCCCAAAAUUGACAUCUAUCACUACGAACUGGACAUCAAGCCGGAGAAAUGCCCUAGGAGAGUGAACAGGGAGAUAGUGGAGCACAUGGUCCAGCACUUUAAGACACAGAUCUUCGGGGAUCGGAAGCCAGUGUUUGAUGGAAGGAAGAAUCUGUACACUGCCAUGCCCCUUCCAAUUGGCAGGGACAAGGUGGAGCUGGAGGUCACGCUGCCGGGAGAAGGCAAGGACCGCAUCUUCAAGGUGUCCAUCAAGUGGGUGUCAUGCGUGAGCUUGCAGGCGUUACAUGAUGCACUUUCGGGGCGGCUGCCCAGCGUCCCCUUUGAGACGAUCCAGGCCCUGGACGUUGUCAUGAGGCACUUACCAUCCAUGAGGUACACCCCCGUGGGUCGCUCUUUCUUUACUGCUUCUGAGGGCUGCUCCAACCCACUGGGUGGUGGCCGAGAAGUGUGGUUUGGCUUCCACCAGUCCGUCCGACCUUCUCUUUGGAAAAUGAUGCUGAAUAUUGAUGUGUCAGCGACAGCGUUUUACAAGGCUCAGCCGGUGAUCGAGUUUGUCUGUGAAGUUCUGGAUUUUAAAAGUAUUGAAGAGCAACAAAAACCUCUGACAGAUUCCCAAAGGGUGAAGUUUACCAAAGAAAUUAAAGGUCUAAAGGUGGAGAUCACGCACUGUGGGCAGAUGAAGAGGAAGUACCGUGUCUGCAACGUGACCCGGCGGCCUGCCAGUCACCAAACGUUCCCGCUGCAGCAGGAGAGUGGGCAGACAGUGGAGUGCACAGUGGCCCAGUACUUCAAAGACAGGCAUAAACUGGUUCUGCGCUACCCCCACCUUCCGUGUUUACAAGUCGGACAGGAGCAAAAACAUACCUACCUUCCCUUGGAGGUCUGUAACAUAGUGGCUGGACAGAGAUGCAUUAAGAAAUUAACAGACAAUCAGACCUCAACCAUGAUCAGAGCAACUGCCAGGUCAGCACCCGAUCGGCAAGAGGAGAUCAGCAAGUUGAUGCGAAGCGCAAGUUUCAAUACAGAUCCCUACGUCCGUGAGUUUGGAAUCAUGGUCAAAGACGAGAUGACAGACGUGACUGGACGUGUUCUGCAGCCACCCUCCAUCCUCUACGGGGGCAGGAACAAAGCAAUCGCCACUCCGGUCCAGGGCGUGUGGGACAUGAGGAACAAGCAGUUCCACACGGGCAUUGAGAUCAAGGUGUGGGCCAUCGCCUGCUUCGCACCCCAGCGCCAGUGCACAGAAGUUCACCUAAAGUCCUUCACAGAGCAACUGAGGAAGAUCUCUCGAGAUGCCGGGAUGCCCAUCCAGGGUCAGCCCUGCUUCUGUAAAUAUGCACAGGGGGCAGACAGUGUGGAGCCCAUGUUCCGGCACCUGAAGAACACAUAUGCUGGCCUGCAGCUGGUGGUCGUCAUCCUGCCUGGGAAAACCCCAGUGUAUGCUGAAGUCAAGCGUGUGGGAGACACAGUGCUGGGCAUGGCCACGCAGUGCGUCCAGAUGAAGAACGUGCAGAGGACUACGCCACAGACCCUGUCCAACCUCUGCUUGAAGAUCAACGUCAAACUGGGAGGGGUCAACAACAUCCUGCUGCCCCAGGGCAGGCCCCCUGUGUUCCAGCAGCCUGUCAUCUUCCUGGGAGCCGAUGUUACUCACCCACCUGCUGGGGAUGGGAAGAAGCCGUCAAUUGCCGCUGUCGUGGGCAGUAUGGACGCACACCCCAACCGCUACUGUGCUACUGUGCGUGUUCAGCAGCACCGACAGGAGAUCAUCCAGGACCUGGCCGCCAUGGUGCGAGAGCUGCUCAUCCAGUUCUACAAGUCCACGCGCUUCAAACCCACCCGCAUCAUCUUCUACCGCGAUGGCGUCUCUGAGGGCCAGUUCCAGCAGGUCCUCCACCAUGAGCUGCUGGCCAUCCGAGAGGCCUGCAUCAAGCUGGAGAAGGACUACCAGCCUGGGAUCACCUUCAUCGUGGUGCAGAAGAGGCAUCACACACGGCUCUUCUGCACCGACAAGAACGAGCGCGUUGGGAAGAGUGGGAACAUUCCAGCAGGCACAACUGUGGACACGAAAAUCACCCACCCUACCGAGUUUGACUUCUACCUGUGCAGUCAUGCCGGCAUCCAGGGGACAAGCCGGCCUUCCCACUACCAUGUCCUUUGGGAUGACAAUCGUUUCUCUUCUGACGAGCUGCAGAUUCUAACCUACCAGCUGUGUCACACCUACGUGCGCUGUACGCGCUCUGUGUCCAUCCCGGCUCCAGCGUACUAUGCUCACUUGGUGGCCUUCCGGGCCAGGUACCACCUGGUGGAUAAAGAGCAUGACAGUGCUGAAGGAAGCCAUACCUCCGGGCAGAGCAAUGGGCGAGACCACCAAGCGCUGGCCAAGGCGGUCCAGGUCCAUCAGGACACGCUGCGCACCAUGUACUUUGCUUGAAGUGUUCUAGAGUUCAGCGAUUGUGCACCAAGUUGGAUUCACAUGAGACCAGCUACACUCAGACCAACAGAUGCCCAGCCCUUCUCUGACAGCCAGCAUCGAACAUGAGACGUCUUGGUUUAUUAGAUUCUCCAUUUUCCAGAAUGCCUUCCGUCCCGGAUUUCAAACUUGGAUUUUGAACUGCAGACCUGUAUGAGACCCCACUGUCGUAGGAAAUAUGGUUUGCCAAAAUCUAUAAGCUGCUUAUUGAAAUAGAGUCCCGUGUUUCCUAAAAAA